CCAGAAGAUGUGUGUGGAGGGCGAUGGGUGCGAGCUGGAAAGCUGCGGCAAGUCGGACUUGGUCCACACGCUCUCUGGCACAAUGAGCCCCGGUCUAAAACCGAACGCCGAUCUCCACCCGUGCAAACCCGGGCAGAAAUUCCGCGCCUCCCUUCUGAGAUGUAGAUCUCCCGCAGCCGCUGCAGGGAUACUCAGUUUUGGAAACGUUCUGAAUUACAUGGACAGAUAUACCGUAGCAGGCGUUCUGCUCGACAUCCAGAAGCAUUUCACAGUGACGGACAGCGAGGCGGGACUGCUGCAAACAGUCUUCAUCUGCAGCUUCAUGGUUGCGGCUCCCAUCUUUGGUUACCUUGGCGACCGUUUCAACAGGAAGGUCAUCCUAAGCUGUGGGAUCUUCUUCUGGUCAGCAGUGACCCUCUCAAGCUCCUUCAUCACAAAAGAGUAUUACUGGCUGUUUGUCCUUUCGAGAGGCCUGGUCGGUAUCGGGGAGUCCAGCUACUCAUCCAUCUCCCCCACCAUCAUCGGAGACCUGUUCACCAACAACACUCGAACCAUGGUGCUCUCCAUCUUCUACUUCGCAAUCCCCCUGGGCAGCGGGCUGGGCUAUAUCCUGGGAUCCAGCGCCAAGCAUGCGGCAGGGGACUGGCAUUGGGCUCUGAGGGUGUCCCCGGUUUUGGGGAUGACAGCUGGGACACUGAUCCUGUUCUGUGUGCCAGAACCGAAGCGAGGGAGCGCUGAUCAGCUGGGGGUCCAGCUCAAGGUCCGAACCACAUGGGCAUGUGACAUGAAGGCCCUGGCCAAAAAUCGUAGUUAUGUGUUCUCGUCUCUGGCUUCGGCUGCCGUGUCCUUUGCCACGGGCGCGUUCGGCAUGUGGAUCCCUCAGUACCUGUACAGGGCUCAGGUGGUGCAGAAGACUGUUAUACCCUGCACCGAGGAGCCCUGCAGCAUCAGAGACAGUCUGAUUUUCGGAGCCAUCACCUGCGUGACGGGCUUCCUGGGAGUGCUGAUCGGGGCGGCCUCCACCCGGCUAUGCCGGCAGAAGACGGAGAGGGCGGACCCGCUGGUGUGCGCCGUCAGCAUGCUGGGCUCGGCCAUCUUCAUCUGCUUCAUCUUCGUGGCCGCCAAGAAGAGCAUUGUGGGAGCCUACAUCUGCAUCUUCAUUGGGGAGACAUUGCUCUUUUUAAACUGGGCUAUUACGGCGGACAUUUUAAUGUACGUAGUCAUUCCGACGCGGAGAGCCACUGCGGUCGCCCUGCAGAGCUUCACGUCACAUAUACUGGGAGAUGCUGGAAGCCCUUACUUGAUUGGUUUGAUCUCCGACGCCCUGCAGAAGAGCUACGCCCACUCAGCCCUGUGGCAGUUCCUCAGUCUGGGUUAUGCGCUGAUGCUCUGCCCCUUCGUCAUCAUCCUCGGGGGGAUGUUCUUCCUCGCCACGGCCCUCUUCUUCCUGGACGACAGAGACGCAGCCGAGAAACAGUCGAAUCCUCUCUCCAUUUCAUCGUCCUCUGUCAAGGUAUGA